AUGAAUGUUGUUGUUGAACAAAAUAUAGAAUCGUUCCCUACAAAUACCCAACAAAAUGUAACUAGCCAUACCGAAGAUUUAAACUCACGAUGUUUUGACCUGGAAGAUUGUCAUAGUAAUGAUAGUCUGAAAGAUCCAAAUUAUGAUUCUGAUUCAUCGUCAUCAAGCAGUUCGUCAUCUUCAACGAAUAGCUCUUCAAAUAGUGCUUCAUAUUCAUCGAGUUCAUCAUCUUCCACUAGAUCAGGACGUUUACCACGGUGUACAGACUCUGUAGCUAAUUCAACUUCAAAACAUCGAUUAAACUUAGCAGAAAAAAUCUUCUACUUCAGUAACUGA